AUGAUACCUCUAGCGUUUGUUUGCUUGAUAUCAUUUGCCCAUGGGCAAAUCGAUAGUAAUAACAUCAUCACGUCACCAUCAAACUGCCUUCCACCUAAACAGUUGAUUAACGGAAUCUGUCGGGACGUCUGGCGUCAGGGACAAGAAGCCGACCAACAAAAUGUCAUAAACGUUCCGCCCAACUGUAAAGAAGGUCAAGAGCUUGUCAAUGGCGAGUGCCGAGAUAUUUGGUACCAGAUCCCAGCACCUAGGGCAGCAGGUAACCAACCAAGCGUCAUAAAAGUUCCACCCAACUGCAAAGAAGGCCAAGUAUUGGUGAACGGCGUGUGCCGGGAUGUUUGGAGGAAUCUGGCUCCAGCACCACGAGCAGUAAUUCCUGAGGAUCACAAAGACAAAAACACAAUUGUGGUACCACCAAACUGCAAGGAAGGACAGCAAUUAAUCAAUGGCGUGUGUCGCGAUAUCUGGCUCAGACAACUCGCCGCGUCCCUUGCUGAUGAAGAUGAUGUUAAUGUACUUAUAAAGAACAUUAUAGACGUUCCAAAUCAAUGCCCCAAAGGAUAUAGGCCCGAUGCAAACGGAGUAUGUCGUCCUAUAUUGUAA